AUGGAGAGGAAGGAGAAGUACGAUGCAGCGUCAGACACGGCCCCAAUGCCAGACUUGGACGGCGGGCAGAAUGUGUCUGUGUCAGACGCAGAGGGCGGGAUCAAGCGCGACUUGAGUUCGCGGCAUAUCAACAUGAUUGCGAUUGCGGGAAUGAUUGGAACUGGUCUAUUCCUCAGCUCAGGCUCGGUGAUUGCAACUGCAGGACCCGCAGGUGCACUGCUAGCCUAUAUUGUAAUGGGAUUCGUUACGGCAGGCGUUUCCUACACCACGGGCGAGAUCACAUCUUUCAUGCCGGCGACUGGCGGCUUUAUCCGACAUGCGACGAAGUUCGUAGAGCCAGCUCUGGGCGCUGCGACCGGAUGGAACUUUUGGUACACCAUGGCAAUUUCGGUGCCGGCUGAGAUCAGUGCGGCGGCAACUCUUGUUCAAUUCUGGAACACCUCAGUCAACCCAGCUGUUUGGAUUACUAUCUUUCUCUUAUUCAUCAUCGUCGUGAACUUUGCCGGGGUCAGGCUUUAUGGCGAGACUGAAGUAGUCUUUGCUUCUCUCAAGAUAAUGACCAUCAUUGGCCUCAUCAUCGGCGGACUAGUGAUUAACCUCGGCGGCGGGCCCAACCAUGAACGACUUGGUUUCCGUUACUGGCAAGACCCUGGAGCCUUCAACAGCUACAUUGUUCCUGGCUCAGCUGGAGGCUUUCUAGCUUUCUGGAAGGUGUUGCUCUCUGCUGCUUUCAGCUACGGCAACAUCCAAGUCGUGGCCAUUUCUGGCUCUGAGACUCGCCAUCCGAGGAAGAUUAUUCCUGCAGCGACUAGAAAGACUUUCUUUCGGGUCUUUGUCUUCUAUGUUCUGAGCAUUCUUAUUGUUGGAAUGAUUGUUCCGUCCAACGACCCGGCUCUGAGUGUCUCAACUGGCACAGCUCAGCAAUCCCCAUUCGUCAUCGCCUUCACUCGCUCUGGCGUGUCUGUCUUGCCAUCGAUCAUCAACGCUGUCGUCUGCACAUCUGCAAUCAGCAGUGGAUCAGCCUGCGUCUUCAUUGCCUCUAGAACACUUUAUGGUCUCAGCUGCGAUGGCCAUGCCCCGAGGAUCCUCCAACGGUGUAACCGCUUUGGAACGCCUUAUGUCGCUGUGGCUUUGACAUGCGUCUUAUUUCCGCUUGUGUAUCUGAAUGUUGGAAACAAUACGUCCGUUGUGUUUGGUUGGUUUGUGAACAUCACUACAGUCGCUGGUCUCAUUGGCUGGAUUGUCAUUGAGGUCACCUACCUCCGAUUCUAUGCAGGAUUGAAGGCGCAAGGGUAUUCUCGGAAAGGCAAGACCCCAGUACCGCAUCAAUCUCCGAAAUCGUUCGCUGACGUUCCGGUCGCAGAUCUUCCCUAUCGAAGCCCUGGCCAGCCUUACGUGUCAUGGAUCACGCUAGUUGCUGUUGUUUUGGUUGUCUUUUUCUCUGGCUUUGACGUCUUCACUACCGGGAACUUCACGGCCCCGGGAUUUCUGACCUGUUAUCUGAACGUCUUCAUCUUUGCUGCGUUGUACGUGUUCUUUAAGUUUUACCUCAAGUCUCGGGUCAUUUCACCUUCCCAAAUGGAUUUCGAGACGGAGUUUGCAUCGAUCCGACAAGAGAAAGCGGAGUCGGAAGUAUUUGACACGAGGGAAACCGGACUUAAGUCGUCAUUUCGCAAACUCAUUCACUCCGUUUAG